CAAGACUCUUAACAACUUACACCCCCUCAAGAGAUCUCUCCCUCCUAAACCUCCUCGAAUACUGAUAGUACGAUCGACGAGACCCCAAGAAGAUUAACCAGAGGUUCCGCUUGCAUCCGCCACCUUUUGAAUUCGCUUGGAAUCCAGUGUGUUGUCGACGAACUCGAUAUAGCGCGGGCAGCUCUACCGACAGCACAUCCUGUGCGCACUCUCACCCUGGCUCCAUUCUGUGCGAAUCUCCGAACCGCGUAUAUAUCUGCCGAAUACCCGCACUAGCUUCACUACGGAACGCUGGACAAACUUAAGCUGAACUUCCACCUCAACCAUGGCUUUGAUGUUUCAACGCAACCCGCGUUAUGUCCUUUUAGUCGUUGUUAUAUGUGCCAUUACAUUCCUGCUCUUCACCCACUCAAACUUCGGAUUGGCUGAGCUUCCCGUUGAUGUUUCGGGAUUGCCAAAUGACCCCAGUCUUCCUGCGCGGAUAGCCCGCUCAGAGAGGAUGUAUCAAAAGACCUUGGAGAAGAGGCAGGAGUUAAUUAAGAAACAUGGGCCGACUCCGGAACGGGUGGUCAUGUUCCCGCCAGACAAGGAUCCAUGGCCAGCGUAUACAGCUUGGGACUUCUUUCCGCCAACGUUUGAUUGCCCGCAUGACUUGGAGCGGAUAGGUUCGGCGGGCGACGGCGGAAAAUGGAUUUGUGGACUAUCUAGGCUGGAGGACAAGCCCAACUGUGUGAUUUAUACCUUUGGUGUGGACUGGGACUCAUCAUUCGAAGGGGAAGUUUUGUCUCGUACGAGACAUUGUGAAAUUUGGGGUCACGACGCUCUGCAUACCGGCUUUGGUCACCAGAUACCCAAGGACCUCAAACAUCGUACCCACUUCGCGCAACUGCAACUCGGACCCAAGGACUCGCAUGGCCCUGACGACACGCCGAAAAUAUGGACGCUCCAAUCGCUGAUGCGCCAGAACGGUCACAAGCACAUUGAUAUUUUGAAAAUCGAUAUCGAAGGCUGGGAGUUUGACACGCUGAGGUCUAUCGUUCAGACGUUCCUUGACUGGGAAACACCGUUGCCAUUUGGACAACUUCAGAUGGAGAUUCAUGCAUGGAACAAAAAGUUUCCAGACUUCCUCAACUGGUUCGAGUUUUUGGAGUCGGCAGGGUUGAGACCGUUUAUGUCGGCACCAAAUCUCGUAUACGUCAAUUAUAACCGCCAAAGUGGCGCCGAACUCGUCGAUUACUCCUUCCUAAACAUCAAGGGUCAAAACGUUUUCGUCUCACAACCCAGUUUGGAAGAUCACACACGAGACGGUGUCCAUACCCAAAUACCUGAUGUCUAAGCUAGUCUUUAGACAAAACACACCCUACGCCUUCAUCUUCGAUGUACUUCACGCCCCUCUCCUCCCUUUCGUCUCUACGCUAUUUCGAUAUACCUGACUUCCACGUCGAUCUGCUCUAGGCAACCCUGCACGUCUCACGUAUUAUUACUCAAACCUAUCUUCAUUAGUCACGCACAUACAUACCAUAGUCACAUCUGCACAUCUAGACGAUCUACAUAUUAUUCAGGCAAAGCGAAGGGAUGAGAGGAGGGGAGGUGUUCUUUUAUUAUUUUUCUGCUUGAUUCAAAUGUACUAGUUUUUCUUGUGAUAGUGUUUGUUGUUGAAGUUACCCCUGGCCAGCCAUGGUGGACGAUGAGGCCAGUACUUACUGUAGAUACGGAUCUUUCUAUAUUCUAUCAGCUC